CUACAAUCCUCUACAGCGAUUCUUCAAAUUAAGUAAACGUAGUACUUACGAUUCUUAUUAGGUAAUCAUUCGAGUACUGACUUGUCAGCAUUGAAUAUUAUUCUGAUACACUGGCAUGAUCUCCUAUCGAUCUUGCUAGUUAAUUCACAUGUCGUAGACUUGUCGACAUGGAAAACACGAUAGAGCCGACGGCAUCGUAUACGCCAGUGUACGAUGGAGAGAUUGCGAAACGUUUAGAGAAUGAUUUUUCGAGAAUCCGAGAGGAAUGCUACUUGGAUCAUGCAGGAGCAACAUUAUAUUCUGAUACACAGAUAAAAAAUGUUGCUUCUGAUUUGCAUAAUUCACUCUUUGCUAAUCCACAUUCUAUUGGGACUGCCAGUAAUGUGACUCAAGAUCUUAUAGAGAGUACGAGAUAUCUGAUUUUGGAUCAUUUUCACACAUCCUCUGAUGAAUACAGUGUUAUUUUUACAUCAGGUGCAACUGCAUCUUUAAAGAUAAUAGCUGAUACAUUCCUCUUUUCAGAAGAUGGAAAACAUAUGUCCCAUUCAGGACACUUUGUUUAUACACAAGAUAAUCAUACUUCUGUUCUUGGUAUGAGAGAAGUUAUUGUUAAAAAAGGAGCCAAAGUAACUUGCUUAAGUCAUAGUAAUGUCUUUGAAAUUUUUAAUUCCCCUUCAAAGUCCUUGAGAUCCAGUUCCUUUUCACAACAGAAUAGCAAUUCACUUUUUGUAUAUCCUGCUCAAUGUAAUUUUUCUGGUUUAAAGUAUCCUUUAACAUGGAUCAAAGAUGUUCAUAAUGGAGUUCUGUCUAAUGUAGUUUCUGAUAAAUCCACAAAGUGGUAUGUUUUACUUGAUGCUGCUGCCUUUGCAUCAACAAAUGAAUUAGAUCUAUCUACUUUCAAGCCAGACUUUGUCUGUCUAUCCUUUUACAAAAUGUUUGGAUAUCCUACUGGAAUUGGUGCACUAUUAGUAAAAAAUUCUAAUGCAGAUGUACUUCAAAAAGUUUACUAUGGUGGUGGUACCAUAGAUGUUGCUUUGAGCUCUGAUAUGUUUCAUAUAAAACGAAAAAAUCUUCAUCAAAGAUUUGAAGAUGGUACUGUACCAUUUCUCUCUAUAAUAUCCUUAAGACAUGGCUUUGAUAUAUUAUCUUCUAUCACAAUGGAGAAGAUUUCAAAGCAUGUAUUUUCACUUGCAAAUUUUUUGUAUAAAUCCUUGUUAGAGCUACAUCAUAGCAAUGGAGAACCAGUUGCAAGAUUGUAUUCUGAUACUGCAUGUGAUAAUCCUGAUACACAAGGGGGCAUUGUUACUUUUAAUCUUAUAAGAUCUAAUGGUGAAUAUGUAGGGUAUAUGGAGGUCUUAAACAUGGCAGCUUUGUUUAAAAUACACCUCAGAACUGGUUGCUUUUGCAACCCUGGUGCAUGUCAGAGACAUUUAGCAUUAUCAAAUAAAGAAGUUCUUAAAAACUAUGAGGCUGGGUAUGUUUGUGGGGGUGCUGCAGAUUUGAUAAAUGGCAGACCAACUGGGGCUGUGAGAGUUUCAUUUGGAUAUAUGUCCACAAUUAAAGAUGUUCAAACUUUGUUGCUUAUGAUCAAAGAAUCCUUUGUGGACGGACCAUCAGUAAACAAAACUCCAGACUGGUGGUCAGACCACAAAACAGCUUUAUUUAAAAAGUUUUAUAAACCUGAUGCAGGUGCAAAAGAUCUAACAAAUGAUGCAACGAAUAAUAAUGCAAAUGGAAUUACAAAUAAAUUACAAAUUGUGAAAGAUUCAUUGACUCAUUUUAUCAAUGAUAAUCAAUUUUUCAAAUUGUUAAUGGACACUAAUGCAUAUAAAAAAAAAUGUACUUUGGACCAAUUGUAUAUAUAUCCAAUAAAAUCAUGUGCUGCUUAUAAAAUAACAGGAUCUUGGAAUUUAAAUUCUAAAGGUUUGCAAUAUGAUAGAGAAUGGAUGAUUAUUACAUCUUCUGGCACUUGUUUGACACAAAAGCAACAUAUUAAUCUUUGUCUAGUAAAGCCAAUUAUAUUUAAAGAUAAAGGAAUGAUGCAAUUGUAUUAUCCAGGAAUGCCUGCCAUAGAUGUGCCCUUAAACAUUAACUCUAUAAAUAUUAUAGAAGGGUCAUUAUGUCAAAGUAGAAUUUGUGGACAUAAGGUAGAAGGUAUUGAUUGUGGUUCAGAUGUUUCUGAAUGGUUAAGUUUAGCAAUAGGUCUCCCAAACUUACGGCUUAUAAGACAAAGUAAUUCUGAUAAUGAAAAAAAAGAGAGCAAUAAACUUGAAUUAUCGUUCUCUAGUCAAGCUCAAUAUUUAUUAAUAAAUAAAACAAGUGUACAAUGGCUCAGUGAUCAAGUGUCUGAUACAGAAGUUCAAAAAGACACAAUUAUAGAUAGAUUUAGGGGAAAUAUGAUAUUGAGUGGUUGUGAAUCUUUUGCAGAAACACAGUGGAAACGUAUUAAUAUUGGAAAAAAUAGCUUUGUGGUUACAGGGCCAUGUACUAGAUGUCAGAUGAUUUGCAUUGAUCAAACUACUGGUACAAAAACAGUAGAACCAUUACGUACACUUGCAGAAAAGUUUCAUGGGAAAAUGAGAUUUGGUAUUUAUUUAACCAAAGAAAAUACAGACGAUGGAAUCAUUGCUGUUGGAGAUACCGCUAUUAUUUCGUAAUUGAAAGAUUAUAUAAAAACUAUAGUCAUGACUUUUUAUAAAAACAAAAUGAAUACAAUGUUUCACAA